AUGAAUACGUCACAAGAACGUUUUGAAGAACAGUUUCAUCAACAGCUGACCGAAAGCGAAGGACAUCAGGAUGAGACCGCAGAUGAGUCGGAACUACAAGACGAGGAUCCUGACUAUGAAAGUGAAUCGGAAUCUGGUGAUGAACCUGAAAUGUCCUGGUCAACAACUUCAUCAACUCAAGACCGAUGGAUUUUCACAGGAGAACAUGGACCAGCCGCCGUUUUAGUUGCAGCCAUCCUGUCGACUUCUACAAUCUGUUUCUUGACGCUGAAAUGA